AUGGAAGUAAACUGCAAAAGAGUUAUUGAAACCAUUGCACCUCAGCAAGAGUGGCAUGAUGUUACAGAGCCUAUUGGUCCAUUAUCUCUUCAUUAUGAAGGAAUAACUGGGCUCCUCAAAACACAAAGGCCAUAUAUCCAAUAUGCCUUUGAGAAGGGAUUGUUCACCAAUGAAUCACAGGAAAUUAUCAAGCAAUAUCUACGCUUCAACUUAAAUGAAAAUCAUGAUGAUGAUGAAAGUGAUUGUAUCAAUGCUCAUGACAUAAAUGAUGAUGAUCAAGAUGCUCACAGCAGCAUUGAUGGUGACGCUGAAGACAGUGAUGAAUAG